GACACUUCAACAACAACAAAGCUAAUAUUUCAACCACUUAGGGAAGUUUGCCAGCCAACAUAAAACCGAAACAUUGAAGCUCUUUUGAUCCUUUAGGGUUGAUUAAUCUCAGUGUUUUCAACACAAUUCUGUUUACGUGUCUACUAGUUAACUUAAACCGAAUUUAUGUAGUUGAGAUUGGUACUCGCUAUCUAACUGACGUUAACUCGCUAGCCAUGCGCCCAGACGCACUAUGAAUUCACUAAGAUACUCCUCCCCUGCUAGACAGGGAAAGAAGCUCAUGGUGAAAGAAGAAGAAGAAGCUUUCAGAAUGAUAAAAGUGGAAGAGGAGGCUAUCACACUGAAAGAAGAAGAGGAUUAUACCGUGAAAGAAGAGAAAGAACCUUUUGGAGUGAAAGUGGAAGAGGGGAUAGAGGCUGUCACAGUAAAAGAGGAGGUAGAAGCUUUCAGAAUUAAAAAGGAGGAAGAGGAGGAGGUAGAAGCUUUCAGAAUAAAAAAGGAGGAAGAGGAGGAUAUUGAAGAUAAUGAAACUUUUGGAGUUCAGGAGGAAGAAAGGUUAGAGGCUGUCACAGUGGAAGAGGACAAAGUAGAAGCUUUGAGAAUCAAGGAGGAGGAUGAUAUAGUGAAAAAAGAAGAACCUUCUAGAGUGAAAGAGGAAGAGGAGGCUAUCUCAAUAAAAGAGGAGGAAGAUGUUUUGGGAGUGAAAGAGGAGGAGACUGAACAAGAUCUGAUUAACACCAGAGAAAGACCAGACUCAGAGGAACCAGAGACAGAGACGUCCAAUCCAGCAAGACGACACCACUGCUCCCACUGCGGGAAGAGUUUUACUCAGUUAUGGAGACUAAAAAGGCAUGAGAGGACACACACAGGAGCAAAGCCUUUCCACUGCUCCCUCUGUGGAAAGUGUGUUACAGAUUUAGGGAGACUAAAAAUGCAUAAGAGAAUACACACAGGAGAGAAGCCUCAUCACUGCUUCCAGUGUGGAAAGAAUUUUACCGAGUUAGGCAACAUGAAAAGGCAUGAAAGAACACACACAGGAGAGAAGUGUUACCAAUGCUCUCAAUGUGGAAUGAGUUUUACCAAGUUAGGGUACCUGAAAAUGCAUGAGAGAAUACACACAGGAGAGAAACCUUACCAAUGCGCCCUCUGUGGAAAGCAUUUUAAAGAGUUAGGGACUCUGAAAAUGCAUGAGAGGACACACACAGGAGAGAAGCCUCAUCACUGCUCCCAGUGCGGAAAGAGUUUUAACAGUUUAGGGAACCUGAAAAUGCAUGAGAGAAUACACACAGGGGAGAAGCCUUUCCACUGCUCCCUGUGUGAAAAGAGUUUUACAGAGUUGAGCAACAUGAAAAGGCAUGAGCAGACACACACAGGAGAGAAGCUUCAUCACUGCUCCCAGUGUGGAAAGAGUUUUACCAGGUUAGGUAACCUGAAAAUGCAUGAGAGAAUACACACAGGAGAGAAACCUUACCAAUGCUUCCUGUGUGGAAAGAGUUGUACCUCAUUAAGGCAUUUGAAAGAGCAUGAAAGAGUCCACACCAUAGUGAAACGUUAUCAGCAGAUGGCGACGCGAGUCUUUCAGCUAGUAAAUACACAAUUUACGUUAUUAGCUAUCUGGCUAAGUAACAUUAGGCUAAUGCUAACUAGCUUGAUAUCAUCCUCGACCAUGAGCUCACGCUACUUCCCCCGUGCUAAAGAAGAGGUCUGCUGGACAGAGAAAGAAGUUCUUGUUAAAGAGGAGAAGGAAGAGGAGGCUGUCACAGUUAAAAAAGAGGUAGAGGGUGAGGCUGUUACAGUGAAAGAGGAAGAAUUUACAGUGAAAGAGGAAGAAUUUAUAGUGAAAGAAGAGGAAGAAGCUUUAAGAGUGAAAGAGGAGGAUGUAGUUAUUGGAAUGAAGGAGGAGGGUGAGAUUACUGUCAUGUUGGAGGAGACUGGAGAUCUGAUUAACACCAGAGAAAGACCAGACUCAGAGGAACCAGAGACGUCCAAACCAGCAAGACGACGCAACUGCUCCCACUGUGGAAAGGGUUUUAAACAGUUAAGGGACCUGAAACGACAUGAGAGAAUACACACAGGGGAGAAGCCUUUUCAAUGCUCCCAGUGUGGAAAAAGUUUUUCCUUGUUAGCGAGCCUGAAAAGACAUGAGAAGACACACACAGGAGAGAAGCCUCAUCACUGCUCCCAGUGUGGAAAUAGUUUUACCCAGUUAGGACACCUGAAAGUGCAUGAGAGAAUACACACAGGAGAGAAGCCUCAUCACUGCUCCCAGUGUGGAAAGAGUUUUAACCGGAAAGAAUCACUGAAAGAGCAUGAAAGAAUACACACAGGGGAGAAGCAAGAGAAGCCGUACCACUGCUCCCACUGUGUAAAGGGUUUUAACCAGUUAGGGGACCUGAAAGUGCAUGAGAGAAUACACACAGGCGAUAAAUCUUUCCAAUGCUUCCAGUGUGGAAAGAGUUUUUCCGCGUCAGGGUGCCUGAAAAGACACGAGAGAACACACACAGGGGGAAAACCUCAUCACUGCUCCCAGUGUGGAAAGAGUUUUAACCGGAAUGAACACCUGAAAGAGCAUAAGAGAAUACACACAGGGGAGAAGCCCUACCACUGCUCCCAAUGUAAAAAGAGUUUUGCCUGGUUAGGACACAUGAGAAGACAUGAGAGAAUACACACAGGAGAUAAGGAUGUAGGCUGCUGAACAGUAAAGCAUAGGACAGAUAAAAGCUGUUGAACAGUGGGAUAUAGGACAGAUAUAGGCUGAACAGUGGGACAUAGGACAGAUAAAGACUCCUGAACAGUGGGACAUAGGACAGAUAAAGACUGCUGAACAGUGGGACAUAGGACAGAUAUAGGCUGAACAGUGGGACAUAGGCCAGAUAUAGACUGAACAGUGAGACAUAGGACAGGUUCAGGCCCAAUACAUAGUGGGACAGUAGUCCCCAGAGACUCUGAAUGUUUCUUGACUUUCCAGUGUUUUCCCUCCUGCAUGUUUUAUAAAGGAUUGUGUUUGUGGAUUUCUUUGCUGGGUGCAGGUUUUGGUUUGUGCCCAAUGCACAGCUGAUUCAAAUAACCAACUCAUCAUCAAGCUUUUCUUAUUUGAAUGGGAUGUGUAGUAUUAGAGGACCUGAAAUCACAUGAGAGAAUACAGAGGCUUUGUUCUGACUUGUUUUUGACUGAGAAUUGUUCUGAUUUUUCACUUUUCCUUUAAGUUGUUCAAAUGUUCCGGAUUGACUGACCUUUAUGUCUUAAAGUAAUGAUGGACUGUC